AUGGGAUCUUUGGUAGGGGAGUUGGAUGAAUAUCCCGAUAGCGAUACUAUCAGGAUUUUGAUAACCACAGACAAUCAUGUUGGUUACAAUGAAUCAGAUCCGAUUAUGGGGGAUGAUUCGUGGAAGACUUUUCAUGAGAUUAUGAUGCUAGCAAAGAGUAAAAAUGUGGAUAUGAUAUUGCAGGGUGGGGAUUUGUUUCAUGUGAAUAAGCCUUCGAAGAAAUCGAUGUACCAGGUAAUGAGGUCAAUUAGACUUGCUUGUAUGGGGGAUAAGGCGUGCGAGUUGGAGCUGCUAAGUGAUCCUUGUAAGGUUUUCAAAUCCAAUGAGUUUCGUGACGUAAACUAUGAGGAUCCUAAUUUUAAUAUUUCUAUUCCUAUGUUUGCUAUUGCAGGGAAUCAUGAUGAUGCAUCAGGAAACGGCCUGUUGACGCCUAUGGAUAUAUUACAAGUUUCCGGGUUGAUCAACCACUUUGGAAAGGUGGAGGAGACUGAUAAUAUUGAUAUUAAUCCGCUUCUGUUUCGUAAGGGUGUUACGCAGCUGGCGUUGUAUGGCUUGGCAUCUAUCAGAGACGAACGGCUAUUUAGGACAUUCAAAGAGGGACAUGUAAAGUUUAAUGUUCCCUCUGGUGAUACAGACAAGUGGUUCAACAUCAUGUGUGUGCAUCAAAAUCAUUCGAGCCAUGCCAAUACGGCGUUUCUACCUGAGGCUGUUCUUCCAGAGUUUUUAGAUUUGGUUAUCUGGGGUCAUGAACACGAAUGCAUACCUCAUCUUGUGCACAAUUCGGCCAAGGGUUUUGAUGUAUUGCAACCUGGCUCUAGUGUUGCUACGGCAUUAUGUAGUGGUGAGUCUAGGGAUAAAUUCGUUUUUAUCCUAGAACUGAAGCAAGGCCAGUCCCCUAAAUUAGUCCCAAUCCCGUUAGCGACGGUGAGGCCCUUUCUUAUGGAUGAUAUUACAUUGGCAGCGAUACCUGGACUUAAGCCACAUGACAAAGAGGGAAUUGUGAAACAAUUGGUGAAUAAGGUCAAUAGUUUGAUUGAAAAAGCCAAUGACCUAAGUUCUAAGCGCCUUGGGAUAAUAAGCGGUGAAGAGAACGAAAAGCUAGCACACCCCCUUAUCAGACUGCGUGUGAAUUACAUAAGUCCUCAAAAUUCCUCAAUGGAUUACCAAGUUGAGAAUCCAAGACGUUUCAGUAACAGAUUCGUUGGAAGAGUUGCUAAUGCAAAUAACGUGGUGCAGUUUUAUAAACGGAAGCUUCCAGGUAAACAUGAAUCAGUGUCAUCUAAGAAAAACGUUUCUUUGAAUUUGGAUGCGCUAAACCAAUAUAGUCACGCCGAUGGAGAGCUACAAGUGGAAACAUUAUUCAAAGAUUUGCUUAGUGGCAUGAGCUUAUCUUUGCUACCAGAAAUUGGUAUGAACGAAGCAGUACGCAAGUUUGUUGACAAAGAUGACAAAACUGCACUAAAACAAUUCAUAGAUCAUGAGGUCAACCAUGAGGUUAAGCUCCUCUCUACUAAUAAAGAUUUUCUACGAUCAGAAAAUCUGGAAGAUUUAAAAAAGCUAGUUAAACAAGUCAAGCUUUCCACCCAAAGCACUGCCGAUCCUCCUGCAUCUAUCACAGGUAACAGUGCCAAUUCAGAAGUUGAGAUGAAUUCAUUCAUGGAUGAAACAACAGAAUCACAAUUAGGCUUCGAAUCAACUAAACCGGCUAUUAAGAGAGCAACCAAAAAUAUAAAAAGUAAACGUGCUAAGUCAACGCAGCAUGGUAAUCGCUUACCCGAGCUACUCGAUUUAGACGAAGAAGAAAUUGAUGACGACAUAGUGUCGGUGUCUAUUGACGAGGACAGCGAUGAUAACCUAAUGUUAAGUGAACAGCAAGAGGAAAAUUCAAUUACUCGUGUGUCCACUGAACACUCUGCUGGUCACAAGAGUACCUUCAAGGGGGCUAACACCAAAUCUAAAAGAACAGCUUCUAAGGAUAUUCCAACAAGAAGGUCUACCUCUAACACACCCAAAACUGCCGUUCUACAGGCACUGCUAAAUAAGAAAAGGGGCCCAAUGAAAUAG